AUGAAUGCAAUGCGACAGCGCUUGGCAUGGAAUCAGGUGUCAUCCGUGAUUCUCAAAUCACCGCUAGCAGCAGUUUCGAUAGACAAAGUGUUGGACCGCAAAAUUCCAGGAUUCGCACAGAAAUCGGAUCCGGAGCAUGGUGCCCAAAACCACAAAUACAUAGCAGUAGUUAUGAAUUCUUACAGGUUCCUGUAUGGGUACUAUAUCAAUCUUGAAAGCACCUACAUCGUCACAGCUGUUGAAACUCAAGGACGGUACGGUAAUGGCACAGGUCGUGAGUUUGUAUCCGAGUAUAUGAUCGACUAUUUGAGACCUGGCAGCAAAUGGAUUCGAUAUCGUAAUCGAAGUGGACAUACGCUGAUGACUGCUAAUCAGGAGACGACGACGGCAGUGCGACGAGUGCUCGUUCCGCCUAUAGUCGCUUCACGAAUACGAAUCGUACCUCAUUCGAAACAAAUGCGAACGAUUUGCUUACGGAUGGAACUAUAUGGAUGUCUUCAUAGGAAUGGUUUAUUGUUCUAUUCAACCUUACCGGCCGGUUCACGUGUCGGAGGCGUCGAUUUUCGAGAUAAGACAUUCGAAAACAGCGACUUAUACACGGAAACAGGCAUAAAAAGAGGUCUCGGUCUUCUGAGCGAUGGCUACGUUUCUGAAAACUCUCCAUUCGAUGGAAACAAUCCCAAUGGUUCCUGGAUUGGCUGGAGUAAACACCAUACUGGUCAGAAUUAG